AUGGCGUCUCCUUACGUCUCUGCAGGUGCACCGUACGCCACACCGCUCCCCGCCCAGCCGACUGCCACCUCCGUCGCAGCCGAACAGCUGGUCAGCGCACUCGCCUACUCGCUCAACCGCCUCGGGGACUUGACCAGCAGGGUCCCAGGCAGCGCCAUCGCAUGGCGCUACCUCAAGGCGAGCCACCAGGACGACCCGUUCCGCACCGUCCUCGAACUCCUCCUCGUCUUCUUCAUCGUCCGCACGUACCUCAUGGCCCGCACAAAGGGCGAGAGCUCGGGAAAGAACUUUGUCGCCCUCAGCGAGAAGGAAAUCGACGAGCUCGUCACAGAGUGGGUCCCCGAGCCCCUCCUCCCGCCGAACCAAGAAACCCCUCUCCACCCGCCCAUCAUCGUCGGCGCAACCGGCGCCCGUCCGAAAGUCAUCUUCCCCCAGCCCGGCCAGGACCCUCACGACCCCGAGAACCCGCUCUCGCUCGACCAGCCUGGCAAGCAGGUCAUCAACCUCGCGAGCGCGAACUUUGCGGGGCUUGCGGCGAAUGAGAAGAUUAAGGAGAAGGCUGUUCAGGCAUUGAGGCGGUAUGGCGUCGGAUCGUGCGGUCCAGCCGGUUUCUACGGCACGUUCGAUGUCCACCUCGAACUCGAGCGCGACAUCGCGACAUUCCUGAACGUCCCCGCCGCAAUCAACUACGCCCACGCAUUCAGCUGCGUCUCAUCCGUCAUCCCCUCUUUCUGCAAGCGCGGCGACAUUAUCGUCGCGGAUCGAAGCGUCAACUUUGCGAUUCAAAAGGGGAUCCAGAUCUCGCGCUCGACGGUGAGGUGGUACGAGCAUGGGGACUACGAGGGCUUGGAGCGUGUGUUGGAGCAGAUCAAGAAGGAGGACAAGAAGUACAAGAGGAAACCGACUGCUAGUCGGAGGUUCAUCGUCACCGAGGGUGUCUUUGAGGCGGACGGCAGCAUGGUCAACCUCCCGAAAGUCAUGGAGCUUAAGCACAAGUACAAGUACCGCCUCAUCCUCGACGAGACCUGGUCUUUCGGCGCAGUCGGCAAGACGGGUCGCGGCGUCACCGAGGUCUUCGACAUUCCCGCUGCGGCUGUCGACGUCCUCACGGGCUCGAUGGCGACGAGUCUCGGUUCGGGCGGCGGGUUCUGCGUGGGCAGCCAGAACGUCGUUACGCACCAGCGCAUCAACUCGCCCGCCUCCGUCUUCUCCGCCUCGCUUCCUCCCCUCCUCGCCGUCUCCGCCUCGGAAGCUAUCUCCCUUCUCUCAACGACCGACCCCUCCUCGCACCCUCUCGCCACCCUCUCCUCGAACGUCCGCACCCUCCGCGCAAUCCUCGAUGCCAUUCCAACCAUCAGCAUCCCCUCAGCCGAGAUGUCUCCCCUAAUCCACAUCCGGAUCACCCCUUCGGCGCUCGAGAACGUCCGCAAGGCCCGGCUGGGCGAGAGCGGCAGCUCGACGGGCCGCAAGCGCAGUCACUCGAGCGUCUCGCACCCUCCUCCUCAGCCUAUCGUCGUCCAGCCUGCUCCGGGCGCAGUCGCGUACUCGACCGCUCUUCAAGGUUCGUCGGCCCGCAACACGGGAGCGCAGGCGGUCCCUGCCGCGCCUGAAUCGGUCGCGCUGCGGGAAGAGCAAGAGCGGCUCUUGCAGGAGAUUGUCGACCACGCAGCCGAGAACGGGGUCCUCCUCACGACGACCAAGCGCAACUGGGCGCAAGAGAUGGUCCAGCACGACCCGUCGAUUCGAAUUUGUGUCUCGAGCGCGCUGACCAAGAAGGAGGUCGAGAAGGCGGGUCAGGUCGUCAAGAGCGCGAUCAACAAGGUGCUCGGGAAGGGCAAGAAGUAG